GCAGAAAAUGACACACGAGCACAGUUACAGUAGAUGCUAGUAGAUAAGAAUGUGUUACUAAAUACCUGACAUAUUCGCGAUGACAGUGGGUUCAUCAAGAUGUCAGGAACAAUAUACCCUUAACGCACAACGUUUGUUCAUUUAAACGUAGCCUAUAUAUUUCAUUCCUUUCGACAGUAACAUGUAAACCACAGAUGGAGAUACAGGCACCAAGUACAGCGCAGCAGAUUCCAGUUAAAUUAGAUUACUGGAUUGGCUGCAACAGAUUAUAGCUCGUCCUUUUCCACAACGCUUGGUUUACUGUGUCUUGGAAAGGUGCUAAACAUUUCUCACCUGCUGGAAUAAUCAUCACAAGGCAAGCACCAUGCUGACAAGCUUUAUGGAGGGGAUCCUGUGCUGCCUGACAGGAAAGUCCGCCAAUGUGGUGGUGCCCAUCGAGACCUCAGAGCCAGCAGAUGGCUUUGAGUUCGUGGAAGUGAAGCCAGGCAGGGUGCUUCGCGUGCGACACAUCAUUCCAGAGCGGCCGGCAGUGACUGAGCAGAUGACAGGGGAAGGGGGCAGCGUUCACUGCAAGCGCAAGAUCACUGUUUAUCGCAAUGGGCAACUGGUCAUUGAGAACCUAGGUGACAUUAUGCAGUCUGAGCUCCUGCACUGUCAGAAUGGUGACACAGAGCCCGGCAACACCGUAGAAGUGGAGCUCUCGGACUAUAACAGCUCUACCACUUCUACGGUGACCCCUGACCCCAAUGCAGCGCCCCCACCUGGACAGCAGCAGCAGCCUCCGCCUCGGCGGCGACGGCGUAAGCCAAAGCGUACAGUGGUGAUUGACUGUGAGCGGAAGAUCUCCAGUUGCAAGGGCACUCACUCUGACGUGGCACUAUUCUUUGUGCAUGGGGUGGGAGGUUCACUGGAUAUCUGGGGAAGCCAGCUAGACUUCUUCUCCCGCCUUGGCUAUGAGGUCAUCGCCCCUGACCUGGCUGGACAUGGAGUCAGCUCUGCUCCCCAAAUUGCUGCUGCCUAUACUUUCUAUGCUCUGGCUGAGGACCUGCGUGCCAUCUUCAAGCGAUAUGCAAGACGGCGUAACAUUCUCAUCGGACAUUCCUAUGGGGUGUCUUUCUGCACCUUCCUGGCCCAUGAGUAUCCAGAGCAGGUUCACAAGGUGGUGAUGAUCAAUGGUGGAGGUCCCACUGCCCUGGAACCCAGCCUGUGCUCCAUCUUCAACCUUCCUACCUGUGUGCUGCACCUUCUGUCCCCUUGUUUGGCCUGGAGCUUCCUCAAGGCUGGGUUUGCCCAUCAAGGUGCCAAGGAGAAGCAGCUUUUGAAAGACGGAAAUGCUUUCAAUGUGUCGUCCUUUGUUUUACGAGCCAUGAUGAGUGGGCAGUACUGGCCAGAGGGGGAUGAAGUGUAUCAUGCAGAGCUCACAGUGCCAAUCUUACUGGUGCAUGGCAUGCAUGACAAGUUUGUGCCCAUAGAAGAGGACCAACGAAUGGCAGAGAUACUCCUCCUGGCCUUCCUGAAGGUCAUUGAUGAGGGCAGCCACAUGGUAAUGAUGGAGUGCCCAGAGACGGUCAACACCCUUCUGCAUGAGUUUUUUCUGUGGGAGCCUGAGAGCUCAUCCACUGGGUCCAAGCCUAAGCAAGAACCUGAUAAAAUUCUUCCAAAUAAUGUUGAGGCCCAGCCUACAGCAGAAAGCAGGCACAAGGACAAGUAACCAACAGGGAUUAUGUUUCCAACCAAGUCAAUUCAGUGGCUUGUUCCAUGGCUGGCUGUGCUGGGCAUAUCUGCUCGCAGGCUGAGCUGUUUUAAAAGAGCCAGAGUCUGAGAAGGUCACAGGAGGCUACAAGAAGCUCCAAGCUUGAGCUGGACCUGAAUUCGUGCCACAGGAAAUGUACAGGAAGUGAAGACAAUAGGAACGGAAAGAGCCGAACACAACCUGAAGGAAAUCAGGGCAGCUAUGGUGGUGAAGGUUUGUUGUUUUAAAUCACUCUUCUUCAUGCAGUGACUUGUCUUCCCUGUGGCUUUGCCUGUGACAUUAUCUGGAACCUGAGAGAAAUGUGGAGUCUAGGGCAGAUGAACACACUGUCAGGAUGUGAAAGAAAGAUGAGAGGUUGUGAGCUGGUGAGUAGGGUCAUGGUGGACGAGAAAACAGUAACAUUUGCAGCGACUACUCAAGGGUGGGUAACUGGGGUUUCCUUUCACGAUUCUCCUCUGCUGGCUUAUGAGUGGCUUUGAAGUGAUGGUGAUACUGCAGGUGCAGUUGAGUAGCUCUGUUGGUAAGAAAUGUAUCUGUGUCACUCACAGUUAUGGAAGCACAGUGCCCAUUUCUGUUAAGCUUUUUUCCCUCUUUUCAUGUGAAGAGAUCAAUCCAUAAACUCAGGCAAGGCACCUUCAUGCAGGAGGCGAAGUUAACAGAAAUAAUUUUCUAUGUUUACUUGAUUGCAUUUUUAAAGUAAGGUGGAAAUAUUAACAUCAACUUAACUGAUACAUGUAAGUUGUUAUUCCUUAAAAUGCAUCAUGUAUACCAAGGCCAAAUUGGGCUUGCUGCUUAGAGGCAAAUGGACCACAGAAGUGAAGGAGAAAGCAUAUUUGUUGCACACUGAAUAUACUAUAAGUGGAGUGGGGAUAUGUAUCACUACACUCUUCUCAAAUUGCAGAGUGAUUUUUACUACGGUUAUGAUCUUAGGUUAG